AUGCGUGAUGCUUCCCCUCAGACUCUCAGAGGCCUCUUCGCGCCAACCUUGACCCGUUGCUUUGAACCGUUGCUCGGACCAUUGCCUGACCCGUCGAACCAUUCCUUGGAGUUGAGGGGACCCGGUAGAGAAUUACCAGUGCAAUACGUGGAGUCUUUGCCGCGGGACCAUUAUAUCCCUCCCUCCCUUGAGCGCCUGGCUGGCCAUCCCCCUCCCCCUCCAACCCCCCCCAUUCCCGUCCCUUGA